CGUGGUCAUCGAGUCCCGCGCGCCUCGUCUCUCAGCAGCCGGUGCUUCAAGUUGAGCAGGCCAAGUUCCCACGUGCCAUAUCCCUGACGAAUGCGGGUGUCAGAAUGCAGAGGGCAUCCACGGUAUCCAUUGCACUUGGGUUGAUUCUGGUUUUGCUCAGUCUAUGUGUAUAUAUAUAUCCGACGGAGGCGACAUGGAGGUGUUGGAAUGGCCUGACUGUCAGCAAAAGAAGUUAUGGGAGAGUGGAUUGUACAUUGGAGGAGAAUAAGAUCAUCACGAUGUUUCGGGGCUGCCGGAUGCUGUGCCGUAAACAGACGAAAUGUCGCGGGUUCACGUUCAUCCUCGAGCCAGAAAAGUGGUUGGGCGGAAAGUACUGCUGUCAUUUGAAGACGGUGUUUGAUCUAGAUGAUCUGGAGUACAGAGAAGGGUUCACGACAUGCUUAGAAUAUCUUGACGAUGCGAACUUGGUCAGGCAGCCCUGGAUGGGGCCUAAGCAUCGUCCCGCUGCAAGUCUCACACCAGCUGAAGUCCCUUACAGCUAGAGUGCCAACUGACUGUGGGACGAACAACGGAACAACGGAACGUGUGACCAAGGUCUAUACAUGACCAUCAUUUUUUUUCUUUCGGUGUUGUCCUUGUUGUUUGGAUCCGCAUCCGCUUGAAUCCUUCUCUUUAAAAAAAAAAAAAAAAAAAAGAUCACGAGCUUGCUGUCCGCGGUGGGGGUUGUGCAGGCGAUAGCCGCAGCAGCAAAGGAAAGUCUUAGAAUGGAAGAAAUCGCGCACGAGGGCCUCGCCGCAACACCGCGGGAAAUGAGAAAAAAGUUUGAGAGCACUCUCGAACUUGAGGAUGCGCGAAAAAUCCCUUUGAGAGUGCUCAUCGCCUCACUCGUCUCUCGAACAGGGUACCGUCUGACCUGCUGCCAUGGUGUCCGUCCCUUUGUGUGACGGGCUUGUGGACUUGCUCUCCAGAUUUGGGUUGAAGUCAGCAGUGCUUCGAAGCUCCCUCGGAAUGGGCCGUCUGCAGGCGGGGGGUGCAGCAAAGAAGUUUGAGACUACUCUCGAACCGCUCCCCGCUACCCGGCUGCCGUUGUCCCUUUGUGUACAAGUGCUUGUCGCUUUGGGACCCAAAGCCUUGUCGGCCUCAACUUGCUCUUGAGAUUGGGUUGAAGUCGGUGGCGGUGCUUCAAAGCUCUCUUGGAAUGGGCCAUCUGCAGGCGGGUGCAGCAAAGAAGUUUGAGAUUUACUCUCAAACCCCUCCCCCCUACCCUGCUGCCGUUGUCCCUCUGUGUAAAAGUGCUUGUCGUUUUGUGGGCCAGAAGCCUUGCUCUCCAGAUUUGGAUUGAAGUCGGCGGCGGUGCUUCAAAGCUCUCUCGCAAUGGGCCGUCUGCUCUCUCGCAAUGGGCCGUCUGCUCUCUCGCAAUGGGCCGUCUGCCGGCGGGUGCGGCAAAAAACAAAGUUUGAGAUUUACUCUCGAACCCCUCCUCCCUUUCACAUUGCUUCAAAGCUCUCUUGGAAUGGGCUGUCUGCACCCCUCCCUUCGACAGUGACUUCUAAAUCCAAGAGCGAUAGUGUCGACACCACGGGCCUCGAUCCACUACUCUCCACAUGCACAAAAGACAAAAAAUAUGGUGGCGAAGAUGUUUCCAUGUUCUAGCGGAAGAUGCAUUGGCAUUUUGCAUGUUUGGAGAGUUACUGUAGUGAAGCGAGGACCCACCACUCUCAAAAACAUAGAUUUUUUUUUUUUUAAAGGAAAAAAGAAAAAAAAAACAGAGAUUUGAAGAGUGGUGCGGCGAGGCCCAUAGAGUGUUUUUUUUUUAAAUACAACUUAUGUCGCACACCGACAAGAAAACAAAAGCAGCACACUUUUUUUUUUUUCUCUUUCACUUUGCCUUUUCUAUCUCCUCCGUCCGGCACUUUCUUUUCUUUUCAAGUUUUUUUGUCAUUAUUCUUCUCUUCUAUUUUCUUUUUUCCUUGUUUUGUCGGAACAAUGUAUCCACCGUUGUUUAUGUUUUUCUUCCUCCUUUCUUUCUUCGAUCCAGCCCGCGCGCCGUCAUCUGCAGCGCUCGCAAUCUAGGAUCAUUGAUGAUUGGACCUUUUUUUUUUAAGAAAGUCAUCACCCCAAUGCGCCGUCCAUCAUCAAAUGCAGGCCUAUUUUUUCCACUGAUGUGCAGUGAAAAACAAUGUGCGCGUUUGCCAGCGAUGCACUGUUAGCAUUCCUGCAGACGAACGCCUACAACUUUCCGAUGGCCACAGAUGCACGCGAUCCGACGGCAUCAAAUGAAAUUCUCGACUCCAA